AAGAGAGCAAGGGAAUCCACACAACCCAAGAGGGAAGGAAGGAGGAGAGCAGUCCGCAGGUUCGUUUUUCAGUGCGUAGCUCUGAUUGUUUGAGCCAUAACUUGAGAUUUACUCAUCCACAUAAGGAGUUCGAGAUACCAAAAGAAAGCUCUCAAGACGAGGAAUCCGUGAAGGUCUGGUUUGCAUCAAUCGGAGUAGUGGAAGGCUUCCAAAUCGACCGAGCAAAACACGACCUCGCAGAAUACGUUUUUGUAUUCAAAGUUAGGGAACGAUUUCGUCGGGAAACACCCGUUCUAGGGACUGUUUUUGUGUCUUCGGUUAGGAGUUGGACUAGCACUUUGAAGAGGCUGUUUAACACUCAAUUCCAAGCAAGGAAUCAGUUCUUAAUCCACCGUGGCCAAAGCUUUGACCAUUGGAUCAAGAAGGAAAAGUUUAAAGCUCAAUUGAGGUUGAGGCUAGAGCUUGCUUCCUGUGCUCGUUGUUCGAGAGAUCAUCUAGGAGCGAAGACUUGAAAUGGACCGUGGUGGCAGGAUUACUAGGAGAAACCCGACCGGCCGUGUACCAGUGGAGACUGGACAGGGCAGUCGAAGGACCUCUAGGGCAUCUAGAGGAGCUGGCCGUGGAGGCCGAUCACAGACCGUGAGUGACGGCCAUGUUGACACAGAAAGUGAAACCUACUGGUCCUAUGAGGACUCGACUUACCAACCGGAAACCAAGCCGGUUGAGACCCCUUACGAAGGGGAUGACGAUGAUGUAAGUGAUGAAGAGGGGGAGAAUGACUCCCUAGCAAGAAUUGAGGCGCUGCUCCAACAAUAUCAACGGGAGCGCGAGGAAAGGAGGGAACGCCGAAGGUGCCGGGGAGGGCGAAUUUCGGGUGAGGCUUCAAGAGGAAGAAGCCAUGGCGAUUCUCGGGCCCACGUUGAACCACACGGGGGUCGGGGUGAUGGAGGUCCAAUCAUAAGGAUCUCCAAGUACAUCAAAGAGGCACGAGAUUUGGGGUGCAAACCCUUCAACGGAGCAGGCGACAUCUCGGUCGCCGCGGAAUGGAUCAAGAGGUUGAACGAGGCAGCCCUUGAUAUGCAACUCACCCCCGAAUUUAAACUAAGGGUGGCGGUGAGAUUGCUUGAAGGGAUGGCGUCCACAUGGUGGGAUGGAGCCAAGGGAAAGUAUGGCAAUACCGUGACUUGGGAGAAUUUCCGACAGGAGUUCUUUGCCCAAUACUAUUCUGAUUUUGAGGUGAACGCUAAAAGGAGAGAGUAUACCCUCCUAACCCAAGGUGGCAAGAUGACGGUGAGGCAACUUGAACAUAAAUUCAGGGAGCUCGCGGAGUUCAUGCCGGAGUAUGUCUGUGACGAGAACCGGAUGGUAAAUCACUUCUGGGAUGCCUUAGACUUGGAGGUGCGUGAGAGGGCAACACAGUUGCCUAACAUGACCUUUAGCCAAGUGGUUGAGCAGGGUUUGAAAGGGGAGAAGGAAUGGGAAGAAAGAAAGUUGAAGAACGCCGAAGAGGCGAAGAAGAGGAAGUGGGAGAACCAUGGACCUCAGGGUCCUAAUAAAAAUGGGAACCAUGGGGGAGGAGGAUCCUUUCGGACACCCCCACUGCCAUCUAGGGGAAGUCAAGGCCCGGGCGGGCAAUCGCAGGCCUCGGGGGUGACUCGUUGCAAGAAUUGCAAGAGGAACCACCCGGGGAAAUGUCGUGACCCUCCUAGAUGCUACCAAUGCGGGAGCACCGGGCACAUGAAGAUGAAUUGCCCACAACUGGGCGGAACGAGGGCAUCAGGACCAAGUAGCGGGGCUACGGGGACAAGGAACCAAGCCGGGGGUUCCCAAGUAACCAGGGGGCAAGGGGGAGCAAGCGCGAGCAACGCGCCAUCCUUGAACCAAGGAAGGACCCAGGCUAGGGUCUACGCGAUGACGGAGGCGGAUGCUCAAGCUAACCCGGAUUCCGUUGCAGGUAUUGCCUCUCGUAUACUAGUGUUUUAUCCUUAAUUAGUCCAUAAAUUGAGGUUACUAAUUGUUAGGAUCAUUGCACGAAGCUUUGGGGUCGAACCGGGAAGGUUUAGGACCAUUUCAGGCUGUUUUCGCCCAGGCACGGUCGUGCCUAAGGCACGCACGAUCGUGCCUGCAAGGCAGUAGCCGCCUGCACGUUUCCCCGACCCAGGCACGGUCGUGCCUAAGGCACGCACGAUCGUGCCUGCAAGGCAGUGUCUGCCAGCGAAUUUUCCCGACCCAGGCACGCACGAUCGUGCCUCCAAGGCAGUAGCGCCCAGAGUUUUUCCCAAGCCAGGCACGAUCGUGCCUACCCCAGGCACGCCGUGCCUGGCACCCAGAUUGCCGAAGUGCGAUUUUUUCGCACCGUUUUGCGACGUUAAGACCUUUACUUGAUCCCUAACGUGCGUGUGAACAUUGUAACCUUCUAUAAACGAGUAGGGAGGGUAGGAAAGAUGUCUUACAUGGUUCAUGAAUGUAGGGACGCUAAAGAUUAAUGGGAAGGAUGCGCGAAUCCUUAUCUAUACCGGGGCGCAACGUUCAUUUGUGAAUGAAGCGUUCGCCAAGAGAUUGGAAGUGCAAUCCGUACCAAUGAUGCAAACCUUAGUGGUAUCAACACCACUAGGGGAUGACGUGGAAAGAACUUGUUACUAUCCAUCUUGUGGAGUGGAAGUUAAUGGUCAAACCUUGACGUGUGACUUCGUACCGCUGAGCAUGAUUGAAUUCGAUGCAAUCCUAGGGAUGGAUUGGCUAGAAAGGAACCAUGCUAGGGUAGAUUGCUACACGAAGGUUCUUGAACUCGAAGGCAAUGAUGGGGAGACCCUACGCUUCGAGGGCGAUCGAGGGAGAUCAAAUAGCUGUAUCAUAUCCGCCGUGAGAGCGAGAAGUAUGAUGAGAAAGGGAUGCCACGCAUAUCUAGCAUACGUGGUCGACAAAACCAAAGAGGAAACGAACAUCGAUGAGGUGAUGGUGGUUUGUAAGUAUCCGGAUGUCUUCCCUAAAGACCUACCGGGACUUCCACCCGAUAGAGAGAUUGAAUUUGUGAUCGAGGUCGAGCCCGGCACCAAACCAAUCUCCAUACCGCCAUACCGUAUGGCACCCGCUGAACUUAACGAGUUGAAAACCCAAUUGCAAGAGCUUUUGGAUAACGGUUUCAUUAGACCAAGCCACUCCCCGUGGGGAGCACCGGUUCUUUUUGUGAAAAAGAAAGAUGGGACACUUCGAAUGCGCAUUGACUAUCGUCAACUGAACAAGGUCACAAUCAAGAAUAGGUAUCCUUUGCCUAGGAUUGAUGACUUGUUUGAUCAACUACGAGGAGCAACCGUGUUUUCGAAGAUUGACUUGAGGUCGGGGUACCAUCAAUUGAAGAUUAAGGAAGACGACAUACCAAAGAGUGCUUUCCGCACAAGGUAUGGGCAUUUUGAGUUCCUUGUUAUGUCGUUUGGGUUAACAAACGCCCCAGCGGCAUUCAUGGACUUGAUGAACCGAGUAUUCCAUAAAUACUUGGAUCGAUUCGUGAUUGUGUUCAUAGAUGACAUCUUGAUUUACUCAAAGAGUGAGGAAGAGCAUGAAGAGCACUUGAUACUCGUUCUUGAGACACUACGGGAGAAGCAACUCUAUGCCAAAUUUUCUAAGUGUGAAUUUUGGCUAAAGGAGAUUGGCUUUCUCGGGCACGUGGUUUCAGGAUCGGGAAUUGCUGUUGAUAACAAGAAGAUAGAGGCCAUUACCGAAUGGGAGAGGCCGAAGAACGUCAAGGAAAUUCGUAGUUUCCUUGGAUUGGCAGGCUACUACAGAAAGUUCGUGGAGAAGUUCUCUGUUUUGGCAUCACCAUUGACGAAGCUCACUCGUAAAGGAGCUAAGUUUGUAUGGGAUGACAAAUGUGAGAAAGGGUUCAUGGAACUAAAGAAGAGAUUGACCGAGGCACCGGUACUUGCAUUACCCAAACAGGGUGUGGGGUACGAUGUCUAUAGCGAUGCGAGCAUCCAAGGGUUUGGGUGUGUGUUGAUGCAGGAGGGGAGAGUAAUUGCCUAUGCUUCACGACAGUUGAAGAAGCAUGAGGUAAAUUACCCUACCCAUGAUCUGGAGCUGGGAGCAGUAGUGGUUGCACUGAAGAUUUGGAGACAUUAUCUCUACGGAGAGACAUGUCACAUAUAUACUGAUCAUAAGAGCUUGAAGUACGUGUUUACUCAGAAAGAGUUAAACAUGAGACAGAGACGGUGGAUGGAGUUGAUAAAGGACUACCAUCUAGUUAUUGAGUACCAUCCAGGCAAGGCAAACGUUGUAGCAGAUGCCCUUAGUCGGAAGAGUUCGUCUGGGGCAUUGUUGACUUGUUUGAGGGCACUGAGGGCCCAAUUGGAUGUAUCUAACGACGGUGCUUUAUUGGCACGAUUCGAAGUGAGACCGACCUUACUUGAUGAGAUCAAGAAGGGUCAAGAGACUGACGCAGAACUGAUGAAGGUCCGGGAACGCAUGCAAGCGGGACCGGUGGAGGAUUUCAGGGAAAGAGAUGAUGGUCUCUUGUUAUUUCGUGACCGAGUGUGUGUGCCGUCAGACGAUGAGCUACGAAAGUCCAUCUUAGAGGAGGCUCAUUCAUCGGCUUAUGCCAUGCACCCGGGGGGCACGAAAAUGUACCGUGAUUUGAAAGAAAGUUACUGGUGGUCUGGAAUGAAGAGGGAAAUAGCCGAGUACAUCAGUCGAUGCCUUACUUGCCAACAAGUUAAGGCAGAACAUCAGCAUCCAGCAGGCUUGUUACAACCACUUUCCAUUCCUGAGUGGAAGUGGGAACAUGUGACUAUGGAUUUCGUGGUAGGUUUACCACGGACGAUUCGGAACUAUGAUGCAGUUUGGGUUGUUGUGGAUAGGCUCACGAAGAGUGCAAACUUUUUGCCUAUCAACACUACCUACCCACUUGAGAGGUUAGCCAAAUUAUAUACGGAUGAAAUCGUGAGGCUGCAUGGGGUCCCAGUGACCAUUGUAUCCGAUAGAGACCCACGAUUCACAUCACGUUUUUGGCCGAAAUUUCAGGAGUCUAUGGGAACGAGGUUGAAGUUCAGUACUGCUUUCCACCCACAGACGGAUGGGCAGUCUGAAAGAGUCAUACAGAUCUUAGAAGACAUGCUGAGGGCUUGUGCGUUGGAGUUCCAAGGAAGUUGGGACAACCACUUAGCACUUGUGGAAUUUGCCUAUAACAACAGUUAUCAGGCAAGCAUCGGUAUGCCUCCAUACGAGGCAUUGUAUGGGAGGAGAUGUCGUACACCGUUAUGCUGGGACGAGGUUGGCAUGGCCAAACUCGAGGGUACUGAGUUGGUUGAGGUCACCAAAUCAAAGGUGAAGUUGAUCCGAGAGAGACUCAAAGCGGCUCAGGAUAGACAAAAGAGUUAUGCAGAUAAGCGUCGAAGAACCUUAGAGUUUAAGGUUGAUGACGAGGUAUUCUUGAAAGUUUCCCCUUGGAAAGGGAUCAUUCGAUUCCAAACCCGAGGAAAACUUAACCCACGAUAUACAGGUCCAUUAAGAAUUAUAGAGAGGAUUGGGCCCGUAGCAUAUCGUCUACAGCUGACUCCGGAGUUAGAAAAGAUACAUAAUGUGUUUCAUGUAUCCAUGCUUAAGAAGUAUGUGCAUGAUCCCUCUCACGUAUUGGAAAAGCCGCCUGUAGAGGUACGCGAGGAUUUGAACUACGCUGUGCAACCAAUCAAGGUCACCGAUAGGAAGGUGAAGAAACUGAGGAGCAAAGAAGUCCCAAUGGUUAAAGUCCUUUGGAAAAGCGAUCGGGUCGAAGAAGAGACAUGGGAAGCAGAGGCCUUGAUGAGGAAACAAUAUGCUUUCCUAUUCGAGUAGAGCUGUGAAUUUCGGGGACGAAAUUCCUGUUAAGGGGGGGUGAACUUGUGACACCGCACCCAAACGUCCUUGAAAAUUGAGUUUUAAAAUUCAAAGUUUAUGUAUUGGAUUUCUGAUUCCCAAACGAUUGUAAAACGAUUAAUGUUUUACGUAAUUAAUGAUCGAUUAUUGUACUGAUCGAACUCGUAUAUUAGUAGCGAUACAUAACGUUUCAGGACAAGUUGAGAAAGGGCGGGCGGCCCAGAUAUUAUUUUGGGCUCAACCCGCUAAAAUAACAAGUAUUCGAGAAUGGCGUCGUAGGCCCACUCGGGGGCGACCCACACGGCGUGUAGCCCAAUAAUAUGAAUGACAAAUGUCAAAAUAAGUGAUAGGAUGAUUAAAGAAGAGUACCAAUGCCUAUAACCCCAUCUUUGGCAUUAUUGAGCUAAAUAAUGGGAGUAGGAUUUUCCUUCUAUAUUACCCAUCAAGUAAAUUAUUGAGAUGAGCCUACACAUAUUGGAGAUCAAUAAUGUGAUGAAGGAAGUUGACUUGUUCUAAAUAAAUUAGGAUGAGUACAAAAAGACAUCUUUGACAAAAGAUAAAACUAUAGGACCCAUCUUCCCAUUUUUGAAAGUAUUGAUAGAUAUUUUGGACCCCAAAAUGAUUGGGAUCAAUUGGGAACCACUCCACAUGAUAUUAGUACCUACAAGACAAAGAAAAAUGGGUGAGACAACUAUGUGGGGCGGACUUUUGACUCAUGAGCUACAACAUUACAAAAAGGAAAUUAAAGAGGAGGUCCACACCAUGUUUGAUUGCAAUCAAAUACCCUACCCUUCUUUUUGUGAACCACAUGCUCUCUUAGCAUGAUUGAGGCCUCCUAAUACACUCCUCCUACACCCCAUUCGAACCCCCCAAAUAGAUAAGAGAGCAAGGGAAUCCACACAACCCAAGAGGGAAGGAAGGAGGAGAGCAGUCCGCAGGUUCGUUUUUCAGUGCGUAGCUCUGAUUGUUUGAGCCCUAACUUGAGAUUUACUCAUCCACAUAAGGAGUUCGAGAUACCAAAAGAAAGCUCUCAAGACGAGGAAUCCGUGAAGGUCUGGUUUGCAUCAAUCGGAGUAGUGGAAGGCUUCCAAAUCGACCGAGCAAAACACGACCUCGCAGAAUACGUUUUUGUAUUCAAAGUUAGGGAACGAUUUCGUCGGGAAACACCCGUUCUAGGGACUGUUUUUGUGUCUUCGGUUAGGAGUUGGACUAGCACUUUGAAGAGGCUGUUUAACACUCAAUUCCAAGCAAGGAAUCAGUUCUUAAUCCACCGUGGCCAAAGCUUUGACCAUUGGAUCAAGAAGAAAAAGUUUAAAGCUCAAUUGAGGUUGAGGCUAGAGCUUGCUUCCUGUGCUCGUUGUUCGAGAGAUCAUCUAGGAGCGAAGACUUGGUUCGUGCUUCCUCCAUUCGGAUUUUAAACAUUAAUAAACAUGCUCAUGGAUAUUUUACUAUAGAGCCUGCGUGCUCAUGAAUAGCCCGGUGUGGCCUUUUUGUUUUAAACAAUGUUUUCCGCUGCGUUAUGAAUUACUUAUUAUGUUUGUUUAUGGAUG